AUGGGAAAAAGAACAAAAUGGGAAUAUCGUUACUUAAAAACAAACAGAGGGGUAUACAUAGGAGGCAUAAAAAAUAAAAAAAAAAACGGAUGGGGAAUAGCAAUUAACAAUAAUGGAAACAAAUACGAGGGGCUGUUCCAGAACGACCAGAAACAUUUGGUUGGGUCGGAGCUUCUCUGCUGCUUGUACAGCCAUAGCUACAAACAGAAAAAAGAAAAUGUUGAACAAAAUAGCGAAGACGAAUUUGCACAAGGAAAUGUCUGCCUUCAUGAUAAUAGGUAUAUAUACAUAGGGGGGUACAAAGAAGGGAAAAGACAUGGGAAUGGAAUCUUAAUUGACUACAACACGUAUGCUAUGUACAGCUGCAUAUUUCUGAGGAACGAAAUAAUAUAUAAAGAUAUUUUAUUUUCCACGGUUAAUAAUUUUCCGCCCAAAUGUGACAAGUACAGAUUGACUGCGCCUUUUCAGGAGAAAGGAAGGGACAAGAAGGGGGGGACGCACAAAGCGCGUCCGCGCAGAAGAGAUAGGAUCAAAAUGGAGGGAGCAGCCAAGGGGAGCGAAUAUGACUAUAACGCAACAGAUGAAGGCUCCCUUGACGGAGGCGCCGAUGAAGAAGAAAGUCCCUCCAGUGGCAAUUCCGAGGAAACUGGAAAGAGCAAAAGAGAGCGAGACGUGCAUUCCUUCAUAGAGAACCAGUACAAGUACAACAUUUUCAGCUACGUCCACUUUUACCAACAGUUAGUGAAAAAAAUAAAGAGGGAAAAUUCGAGAGAGCUCUUUGCCCAUUCUACACAUAAAAGGGAAGUACACAUUGGGGAGAGUAAAUGGGAGAAGUUCCCAAAAAGUACGUUAAAAAGUGGGCAGGAGAAAAAAGACAGGAACAAGUUCUGCCCUAAUGGUAGGAAGAGCAAACUCCCAGGUGGCACGUCUGCACAGAAUGGUCCAAUUGACGAACCACAUAGUCAGAAUCGCGAAAAGGAACAAACUGAUAAUUUUCACAUUAAAAAAAUUCACAACAAAUUUGAACAUUUGGAAAUGGAGAAGAUGCUGGUGGAACCUCUUGGCAAAAACAAAUGGGUAAAUGAUAUUUCCAAUGAGGGGACCACGCGUGAUACAGAGAAAGGUAGGUUAGAGACAUAUGAGGGAAGUGCAACUCGUGAUGGUAGUGGAUGCAGCAAUAACUUGGCGCAUGUUAAUGGCGGAGGAGUUAUUCACGAAACGGAUUUGCUUGAAAAGAGGGAGGAACUUCCCAAUAAUGAGGAUCGUACCAUAUGUAAUGGUGCAAUUUUGAUGAGCACACUGGGUGAUAAGUUACGGGACCCGGCCACUGCGGAAGAUGGCAUUUGCGUGAUAGGGAAGGAAAACGUCGGUGGUAUUGCCUCUGAGGGCAAACUCGCUAACGGCGGGGUCAGCCAGCAGAGUAUGGAAACUCCCACCGUGGUGAGCAACAUGGAAAGCGAUGAUUCCGUAGGAGAGGGUGGGGACGGGAAUUGCUCUCACGCACCUUGUGUUGCCGUCACCCAGUUAAGAAGUGAGACGAUGGGGCAACCCAUCGGGGAGGAGCUCAGCACAAGCGGAGGUAGUAAUGGCAUCAAUGGCAACAGUGGUGACGCGUUCCUGAGGGAAAAGACCAACACCGUGGGGGUAAAUAAUCACGGUUGUAAGGAUACUGUGAGAAGUGUAAGCAGCGUGAGGGAUGGCUCCGAUCGUAGGCAUUCUCUGAGAGGGAGUCAAGACAUGGAGACAACUGCACAUAACAGGAAGAAGGUUAAUCACAAAGUGGGCAAAGGUAAUAGUAACCCAUUUUUAAAACAAACAAGCGAUGAUGAUCAGCUGAGGAAAGAAAUAGAAAGUCUUCUUCCAAGAUGGUUAAGGAAGAAGAAAAAAAAAAGGUGUCUGUCAUGUGCACAGAACUGUGUAUACUGGGACGUAUUUGAAUUAAAUUUUUUUUUUUUUUUUGUCGGAGUUCCAAAAAAGGCGAUAGAAAUUUUUAUACGAAAUGAGAUGGAUGGGUAUUGCCUAAAAUAUAUGGAAGAGAAAUUAUUAAAACGCAUGGGCGUAGACGAUAGGGUAGUAAAAAAGUACGUUACACUGUGUGUGCAGUUUCUUUUACGACUGAGGGAAAAGUAUAAGUACAGAAAAAGGAGCAAUAAAUCAAAUGGGAACAUCCACGACGAUGCAUUCCUUCUGAGGAAGAACAAAUUACACUACCUAAAUUUAAUAGGCAGGGGGGGGUAUAGCAAUGUUUACAGAUGCAUAUACGGAGAUAAGUUAUUAACAUACAAUGAUGAUUAUUUUCGCAUGCAAUAUUCAGCUAACAAUAUAGCAUUAAAAAUAUGUAAUAAUGAGAAGUAUAGUUAUGAGUUUUGCACCGAAAUGGAUAUCUUGUCGACCUUAAGGCACCCUAACGUUUCCCUUUUUCUGGGUGCACUAAAAUCCCCCCAAGGAAUAGCCCUAGAAUAUAUAAACUGUGGAAGCAUAUUUGACCUAAUACAUAAGCGUAAAGUAAAAAUGAAAUUAAGAGACAUCCUUAAAAUGGGCAAAGAAAUUGCUGCCUUUAUGUGCUUCCUCCACCAUAAGGGUAUUCUACAUUGUGAUUUAAAAUCAUCAAAUAUUUUGCUCUCCAUGUCGGGGCAAGUUAAAAUCUGUGAUUUUGGAUUAUCUGUACAGAACUUUACUCAGAAGCCGAGGUUUCUUGGAAUUGUUGGUACCUACCAGUGGACAGCUCCAGAAAUUUUAAGAGGUGAAGGAUACACUCCACAGGCAGACGUAUAUUCCUUUGGAGUAAUCCUUUGGGAAAUGCUACAUAGACAGAUCCCCUUUCGGGAACUGAAACACCCCUUGGAUAUUAUUGCAUGCGUUGGCUAUGCUAGAAAGCAGCUUCCCAUCAGCAGAGCUAUUCCACCCCCCGUGAGGUACAUUCUGAAGAGGUGCCUGCAUAGAAAUAGGCACAAACGUAAGUCCUUUUUUUUUUGGUCCGAGUAUCUGGACACGUUUAGUGAGACGUGCAGAGCGGCGAGCGUGGAUCCUGCCCCCUAG